ACAAUGGCGGGCCGGCGGCUAAGGGAAGCAGUCAAGGAGACAUUGAUAAGUAACAGCAAUGGUGAAUUUGAUGACGAAACCCACAUUGUAAUAGCAGGCCUCACAAAUACUUAUUCCCAAUAUAUUGCAACUUUUGAGGAAUACACGCAACAGCGAUAUGAGGCUGCUUCCACUCUCUAUGGUCCUCACACGUUAUCAGCAUACAUCCAAGAAUUUGAGAAAUUAGCCAAAGCAAUGGCGAAGGGAGAAAAAAUCACUAAAGGUCCCUCACCACCAGAUCUUUCCUCUGUGCAACUCAUAAAUUUACGUGAACCUACUGGAGACUUACCUCCCCCGCAUACAAACUUUGGAGAUAUGAAACAAGAUAUCAUUUUACCAAAGAGUGGCUCAUUCAAAAAGGGAGAUAGACCAAUUGCCACAUUUUGGAGUGCAAAUCCAAGAUAUGACCUAUUGACAGAAGGCACAUUUGCAGUGGUAGAGCUGCUUCAAGGAAAACAUUGGGUUCCGGUUUACGAUGAUGAUGAUUUCUGCCUGUUUUUCAAGUGGAAAGUAGACAACAGUACCUUAUAUGGCACAGCAACCAUAGAAUGGGAAAUACCAAGGGAUGCAGAUUCGGGGGUGUACAGGCUAAGGCAUUUUGGUUCGUCAAAGAAAACCAAGGACUCCCCCAAUAUCUACUUCACUGGCGCAUCUAGUGGAUUUGCAGUGUCCUAAAUAUCUAUUUAAUAUUUUCUUCCCUGCAUUUAAGUGCAAGUGCUGCACAUUAUACUUGCAGGCUAAAUUCCAAAGUGGCCCUUCUAACAACGCUUUAAAGAGCAAGUCAUAAUUUCUCAUGUUUUAGGGGUCUCUGAAGGUCCCUUCCUCAGGCCAGAUAAAUCUACAUAAAUAAGACAA